AAAAAAACAGUGCACAGCCAUAACAACAAAGCUAUAAAUAGCAAGGGCAUUAAAACUUUUGCCAACAACAAAACAAAACUAAACACAGACUCACUCACACACAUACGCGCGUACGCCCACCCAUACUCGCUCACAUUAACGGAUUGUUUAUUUAAGCGUCAUGUCUACGCCAACCACGCCCAAAACGCCCACACCGCCCACACUGCCGCCGGGCGUGACCAAAGUGUGCCACAUCGUGAAGCGGCCGGAUUUCGAUGGCUAUGGCUUCAAUCUGCACUCGGAGAAGGUGAAGCCGGGCCAGUUCAUUGGCAAGGUGGACGAGAAUUCGCCAGCCGAGGCAGCUGGCCUGAAGGAGGGCGAUCGCAUCCUGGAGGUCAACGGCGUCUCCAUUGGCAGCGAGACACACAAGCAGGUGGUGGCGCGCAUCAAGGCCAUUGCCAACGAGGUGCGGCUGCUGCUGAUCGAUGUGGAUGGCAAGGCGAACGAAAUGCCAGCGAAAUCGGCAUCGCCGACGCCGGCGACCAAUGGCAAUGCUAAUGCUAAUACUAACACUAAUAACACUAAUAAUGGCAGUCCGCCCAGCUAUGAGGGCACCAAGCAGGAGCUGCCCGGCGCCAGCGCCAACAUCAGCAGCAUCAGUGUGACCAGCAUGAAGCGCGUCUCGAACGCGAGCAGCACUCAGAGCGGCAGCACAGUGAAUGCCAGCGACAUGGAUGUGGUUGACAGGGGUGUGCCUGUGGCGCCAGCGCCGGUUGUUGGUGUCGCCCCAGUCGCAGCGCAGAAUGGCAGCAAAUCGCCAACAAACAACAACAACAACAGCAUCAACAACAACAACAGCAAAAUGAUGAGCACUCCCCCACCACCGUCAGCCACGGUGGCCAGCAUGACAAACAAUGGCAGCGUCUACAGCAGCAGCACCACCACCAACAACACCAGCACCACCAAUGGCACCACAAAUGUCAUGGGCAAUGGCAAUGGCAGCGCCAUGCCCACAGCGCCGGCGCCAGCGCCCAAUGGGGCUACGAAUCGUGCCGGCAGUUUGAAUUUGCCGCUGACCGUUGCCGAAAUGCGCGCCAAGCUGGCCUCCAGGAAGAAGUACGAUCCCAAGAACGAGAGCGUCGAUCUGAAAAAGAAAUUCGAAAUCAUACAGAAGCUCUGAGGUGCCCAUUAUCCAGACCAGAUCAUGCACCCAGCAUUCGAAACACCGUACUUGUUAUUAUUCUACACGAAAGCGCACAAACGAUAAGGUUCAACUCUUAUUAAAUGGCUGGCAGAUCCAUAUCAUAUAUAUACCAUAUAUGUAUAUAUAUAUAUAUACAUAUUGUCGACAUGUUGUGGCAUAUCUUUCUUUAGCUACGGCAGGCAUAUACUUUGUAAUACUUGAUGAUGAUAAACCUAACUACUAUGUAUUUUAGUAUGCAAAAGUCACUUAUGAAUUAAGCAAGCUUUUAAUUAAUAAAUUUAAUUUAGCCUAAGCUAAAUAGCUCAAACCAUUCCAGGCCCGUAGACAAAACCCAUUGAGAUCCAAAAAGAAAUACGAGAAUAAUAUAAAACGCUAUUUGACAUUGCGCCUAGUUAUGAAGUAAAAUUUCAAACCCCCCGAAUACAUUCCC